GUGGGGUUGGCAUUGGCAAGUUAUGAAUAUCAGGUGUAAUCCGCAAUCUGAAAAUCGAGGAAGUAUUUGAAUAACUGAAGUUUGUGGCAGAUUAAGUAGCACUUCGAAACGGAACAUUUUAUUGCAUCCGACAGGUGCAUGCACUUAGGCCAAGACCACAUUACGUGUCAUGCUUGGAUAAAACUGACCAGACACUCCUUUUUCCUCUUUCAAUCCUGACUGACUCCAGUUUAAAUAACAAUGUCCGAUGAUUCAUCUUUUCAAUUAAAACCACUAUCAGUAUAUUCACACAUGGUGUGCUCCAAACAGCAGUACUAUGCCAACAGCUCGGUUUACAACAUACGGUUACACAUUUCCCAUAAAGCAGCCGGAGCACGUAAAAGACGGCUGGAUGAUUCAUGUUUGGAUGAGACCUGCGAAGCCCCCCUGAAAAGACAGUGCAUCACAAGAACAUUUUCCCUGGAUCAGGGAUACUUUUCCGUGGACUUCCUAAACACAGUCCAGGGAUUGACACCUAUACAGCCAUCAAUAAUAUCAAAAGACGUCACACUGCCUCGGUCAAAGGUCAAUCAGCCUGUGACCCCUGUCGUGUCCACCCCUCUAGAUCAAGACCGGGAGAGCCUUCCCUCCCAGAUACCAGCUGUUAAAUGGGACAGAGAGGUUCCUGCAGUUCAAAUAUCAUUGCGUGCAUCUCUGAAUUUUGAUAUGUGCGGUUGUGUUUCUUUAGUUGGCUCUCAGGGACCUGUGAAAGGUGAGGACCGGGAGGUCUCGCACGAUCUUAUCCCAGUCCGUGAAUUAAAAUCCCACAUCACACCCCCAGAAACUGUUUCACCUCCAGUGAAGGAGGAGGAAGGAGUGUCUGUCAGUCAACAGGCAGAGCCCAAGGUGACUCUGGGAAAGGAAGAAACCACUGCAGAGAGCUUUGAGAGCGCACAGGUGAAGUCUAAGUUGGUUGUUCCAGACAACACGAAGACCACCAGCAAACCUGUGGUGUUUUGUGAAGAGGAGUGGGAGAGACGGAAGAAGACGUAUGUUGAGUCCGUAAAAAGACAUAUGAAAGAAAAAGGAGCAGCAAACGGUGUCAUCACUGAGCUGCAUACUUUGAUGAAUACUGUGGCCUGUCAUCAAACUGGAGGGAAUGGGCCACACUGGCAACAUCCGUCAGACUUCACAAGGAGGAAUUACCUUCAAUCCCAUUCCAGAUGUCUGUUAGUCUCCCUUGACGAGUGGCAAAAAAGAAACCAUCUUUUCCAUCGAUGCUUUACUAAAGUGCCAGACAUUUUCCACAGGAGCCCAGUGCUCUGAUUUAUUAUUUUUUACUUUCAUUGUUCUAUAUAUUUGUUGUCGCUGCUUAGCUUUUCUCUCUGUCGGCAUAAAGGUGGGGAUCAUUGAUUCAUGCUGCUAGUUAGUUGCUCACUGAGAAUCUGAUCCAUUUUUGUGUGUCUAUUUUGAUUUCACAGUGUGUGGUGUUUUUUUAUUUUAUUUGUUUUUUCAUUGUACAUUGUUGCAUGGUAGUACUUGACUCACUUUGUCGAGGGCAAAUGUUGCAGUGUUUCUUUAGCUAUUUUGUAAACUAAUUACAGGUGCUUCUUUUUUUUAGCAUUAAAUGCAUAUAGAGGCAUAUACCGAUUAAAAUAUUUAAUAUUUUGUGAGCAGGAAAAUAAUGUUGAACGUUUUUGUUACUCUAAGAAAGAGUCUGUAAUGUAUGUUGUGUCCUUUUGAUUGUUGAUUUGUUGAUUUGAUUUGUUACAUUUAAAGCAGUUUUAUAAACUUUAUACAUUUACAUUAUUUACUGCUAAAUGUUUCAAAUGUGUCAAUUAUUUGAUAUAUAACAAACUUAUUGUAUGUUGUUUUUUUGUUUUUUUACCCAUGUAACCUUGUAUUUUAAUAAGUUGCUAGCAAGUGA